AUGAGCCUGCAUGGACAGCUUGGACUGCACGACCAGAAGGUUCUUGACGGGCAUGCAUGGGGAGUGCAAGAAGCUUUGGCCGCGAGAGACGUCUCUGUGCCUUCUGCCUUGCGCGUGUCUCACCUAGAACAUGGAGUAUACCACUUUUUGACGUAUACAAAAGGCGACUGCGUUACCGCUGGCCUGGCGGAUAUACUAUGGCAUCGCGGCUUCCGAGAUGUGGAAAUGCGCGACGUGGAUGGCAGGAAGCCCAUAGACUUUGUCUACAGGUUGCUACGGUGGACGGAUGAUGUUUCCCGGCAACUCAACGAACACACCAGGCUGGCCACAUGGCUGCUGCACAAGUGUGCAUCACAAGGUGGAGAUCCAACUUUGCGCGACUGCAGAGAAAUUCUCGCGGCAAGUCUGGGCUGGCUCGCGGGCGAUAUCUACGGCUACGAGAUGGAAUAUGGCCGCUUUUCUAUUGAUAGCACUGGAUUUCAUCAGAAAGGCGCUCUCGACGAACAGACUCAGCUCUUCAUGGAGAGGAUCUUCGACCUUGACCAGCAGACUUCUCACACAGAGUGUGCGUGUCCAUGCUCAGUUGGAGGAUGCGCCGCGAUUGACCGCUUCUUCCGAGUAGAUGGACGAGGUGGCGGCGAGAGGGAGAUAGGCUCAUCGUCAAAGUCGGCGAGAAGAGUGUGGUUCCUGGGUCAGCUUCUCGACCAGGAAUCAGAAUGUUGGACCAAACUCGUACUACGAAUCAUCCGUGCUGUCGCGUUCAACGACUUCGGCCUCGACCAUACUUGUUUCAGCAUCUCUUGGUGGCAGGUAACUGACUAUUUCCCUGAGUGGGAUGGGGAGCUACUUGAUAAACAUCGGCCAACGCGGAUUGAGCGGUUCGAGAGGUUGCUUCCCAAGCUACUGUCGACGUACGAGACUUCUAGAAUGGACCUCGCGGUGUGGGUGGAUGGGCCGAUGCAAGACUUGAUCAAGCAAGCUCUACGCGCGGAGAGAUACCCGAAAGAAGUCUACGAGAUCACGGGAAUUGUGCUCGAAGAGGUCGAAGACGACGAUGAUGAGGAUAGCGUUGACGGAGCUGAAGAAUGUUCUCUGGGGACGACCGACGCUGAGAGCGAUAGUGAUGGCUCCAGCGAAGGCUAG